GUUUUUCACAUACCGAACUUCAGGCAGCAGGAUGACUUAGCAUGAACUUCUUCAAAAUCGUUUUAAAUCUGGAAAUUAUUUUACAGCUCUGUAUUUUUUAGGCUCUCGUGGGCCAUUUAAACUUACUCUCCGUACCAAAACAACGAACGAACAAAGAAAAAUUAGGGGUUGGAGAAGAGUAGCUUCUAGCAAGAGCAUAUUUUGUUAUUAGUUCAGUAAAUGUACUAAGGCUUUUGACCAAUGGAUUGAUUAGCCUUUAAAACAACAAUGAGGUAACACAUAGUCACAAUUUAAAUGAAUUCAUACAAUGGAAACUUUGGCAGUUCCCAGUAGGGUUUCUGAGCCCACAACGAAUAACCUGCGUGCAGAGAAUUCAACGAGGAAAGGUCAUCGCAUUGCACCCUUGACUGGGACUAUUGUGAAAGAAAAUAAAAAGAAGAGGAGAAACACAGCAAAAGGGAACAAGAAAAGAUUACAUGUUAGUACGCCAUUAAACUCAGAUGAUUCAGAGAAACCUCAGGCAGACCAGUGGACCAAUUCUAAGAAGAGCGGUAAACCAAAUCCUGACAAAGGCAGCACCAAAGAGGGCGGUGCCAGGAAAAGCCACAAAUCCAAAUCCAAACCGCCUACAGUGGAGGAGGCCCCAGCACUGGCUACAGAGGACCAAGAACAACUGAGUAGCCAUGCCAAGGAGAGUGUUAGGUGGGAAGGGGUUCUGGAGGAUCCUGGUGCUGAAGCAGAGAGGCUGGAGAUCUACCGAGCAAACCGGCGCAAGCGCUAUAUGGCCUCUAGACAGAUGCUCUUAGAAAGCAUCCAGGCAGGUUUAGGUCCAGACCCACAUUCUAAGAUAGGCAGCACACACAAGGUCGGGCCAGCAGCAAAGGUUUUGUAGUCCUGUGCUUGUCAGUUUUAACCUGUGAUUUAUAGAAAUGUUUAUUCCUAUCAGUAACCACAGCCUCAUGUAAAGUAAGCCUCUUUUCUAGUGUACCUCCAGUUUAAUUUGCCACUAACUUUGUUUCAAACUACAACAUGGCCCAACCCAGCUGCUCAACCCAUUCAGAGGGAAAUACUAAGCACCUGACAACCCUUGAGCAAGCAGACGCCUUAAACCUUCUCACCUAAAAUUAGAAUGUAGACAUCACAUGGCAG